AUGGGAAUCAGGAUCGUCCUGGUCGAGGUCUUCCUGGUAUCAUUUCCUCCCCCCCUCCCCCGCCACCAUCGUGUGGUUUAUAUUCUCGAUGAUUUUGAGCCCCACCACAUUUCCGACCAGAAGUCCAGAGAAGCUACAGACACCAUGAGAACAACACUGCAUUUACUCUUGACGUUGAGUUUCUUCCAGACGCUUGUCAACGGUCGUGCGUCGGUGAUGGUCAUCCCCAACAGUUCUCAGUUUUUCGAGUAUGAGAACAUUUUGGUGAGCUGCAAUAGUUCGAGCUCCUGGGAAUGGACGCCGUGGAGAAACGAUACCGACCUUGUGAAGUGCGGAUCGGGCUGGGGCAAACUAAGUGUGUCUACUUGUAACAUAACCACGGUGAAGCUGUCCGAAGGCGGGGUGUUCUGGUGCCAGUCGAAAUACGGAGACAGCAGCAACGGCGUCAACAUCUCCAUAGUCGGUGGACCAGUGAGUCUUCAGAGUCCGGCCGUCCCCGUGACGGAGGGAGAUAACGUCACUCUGAUCUGCAGAACAAAGAUGGCCGACCCCCCCUCUGCUGAUUUCUACAAAGAUGGCGUCUUCAUCGGUGCUGAGUCUGAUGGUCAAAUGACCCUCUACAAUUUUACCAAGUCUAAUCAAGGCGCCUACAAGUGUGGAGUCCAGAAUAAAGGAGAGUCUCCAGAGAGCUGGGUAAUAAUGGAAGGUUAG